UGAAUGGGGGAGUAAGGGAGUGCGCGCCUUUACUGCAGUUUACCGCCCUUCGCCAUGUUGCCCGGGGAGGAGUAAACAAAGCUUGUAGGGUUUGGAUAUGCUGAGUUGGUAUUCAGGCGACAAUAACAUGCUUGAACCCUUCAAGAUGGAGGAAGAUCCUGACGGCACCAGUCAACAGGUGGCAGUUAUCAUGACAGGAAAGGUGUACCGAGAAGCUGGACUAAAGCACAGCAAGCACCCAAAGGUGGAGGGAAUGCUUUAUGAUAAGCUUUGCCAAAUAGGGAAGCACAAAUUAAGAGAUGAUGUUAGAAGAAUGGCACUCGGCAUUGCUUUGACAGUCUCAGAUAAAGAAUUUCAGCCAACUGUUGACUGGCUUGACAAUUUUAUGCGACGCUUCUGUCUUUCCAAAAAAAUGAUGGGAUUCCACAGCUCGGCCAUGUUGAAGCAUAAGGGAUCAGCCCAACCUGUAGUAAAGCCAGCAGCUUCCUUACAAAACAUGACACAAGAUGAUGUAUUCAGUGUCCUGGGCAUCCCUACCGAUUGUGAUCCAAAUCUUGAGAGUGGACACUUGGAAGAAGCAGCUACCAGUGAUUACAGUAAUGUUACUAAGCAAAAUUCAGAAACUGGCAACUUAGUGACAGAUUGUAAUGAAAAUACAAAUAAUUCAGAAACCCCAGCAGAAGAGACUGUGGAUGGAACAUCAAAUGCUGUUACUGAGACAGUAAAUGAUGUCAGUGGUGCUAAUGCAGAUAUCUCAGACAAUAAUAAAGAUGAUGCAUGUAGUGAAAAAGAUGGGAAGUCUGAAAAAGUGUGUGAUAAAGAUACAUCAAGUGUACUCAAUAACAAAAAAGAGAGUAGUGAUGAAAGUGAAGACAUUAUGGUAUUAGAUGACAGUAAAGAAGAAACCACCCAAGCUGAAUCCUCACAUAAAAAGGAAGGCACUGAGUCCAAGAUUGGAAAAAUAUCUAUUAAAAAGUUUGAGGAUUUGUGUGAAGUGGGUGCAAAAGAAAAUGAAGAUGCUGCUGAUAAAGGAAAUUCUAAGGAUAGAAGAGGAAAAGGGAAAUCCGGCUCAACUGAUGAAAGUGAAGUUGAUUCUGAAGAAACUGAUGAGACUGAUAGUGAAGCGAGUGCAGGAACCUCAGAAGAUGGUAAAGGAAGUGGAGAUGCUUCACAACAAGCAGCACUAAUAAAUGGAACAGAAAACAUUCAGUACUCAAAAGCAGAAACAAAAUAUUACAAUAAGAAUAAAGAUACUCUACAGAAAAAACUUGAAGGAUCUGUGAUGAAAUGCACAUCUUGUUAUGAGCAAGUCAACCACCAUAUCAGCUCUUUGGUUUUCACACACCCAGUUCUUGGUCUUUUCAUAUGUAAGAAAUGCCGUAAAUUCUAUGGCAAAGGCAAAUUUCGCAAAGACAGAGAAGGAUUUGACGAAUAUUGCCGUCUGUGUGCUGAAGGUGGUGAUCUGCUGUGCUGUGAACAAGAGGGCUGUUUCAAUGGAUUCUGCAAGCGUUGUGUGAAACGAGUAAUGGGCCGAGCUGAAUUGAAACGUGCAGAGACCACCGAGGGUUGGGCAUGCUAUGUUUGUGACCCCACACCACUAAUGGAACCACGAGCCCUCCAUCGCCUCAUUCUCAGUAACCUGAAGAGCUCAGAGGAGGAAGAUGCAAAUCUCUCAAGGAAAGACUUAAAGUCAAAAACAUUAAAGAAUAAGUUUGAAAGUUUGAAGCAGAUACGUCAACUAAGGUCACAGAAGGAUGCACUUUCGAGCAGCAGUAAAGUUGUUGAGCCUGUCAUGAAAACUUCUAAGAGUAAUAAUACCCAUGACGUAGAAGAGAAAAUGCCAAGGGAUAGUAGAAAGAAAAGAGAUAAGGUCAUUGAAAAGGAUGAUGAAGUUCUGACAAAGAAUUGUGGUAAGGUUGAUGUGAUACCUAAAGAAAGUGAAGAUAAUGAGCCAUGUCCUGUAUUGAGGAAGGUUAUGGAUGAAAUGCUUGGAAUGUUGUCUAAAUGUGUAGAAAAUCUAAAAAUCUUAGACUCCAAGUGGAAGAAAUCCAAAUAUUCUUCAGAAGGAACCCAAAAGACCAGACAUCAUGUCGUGAAACAGUUGGAUGCAAUGCGACAUAACUUUGAAAUAUUAGAAGAAGAUCUGGAAUUGUCAGAGAAAACAAUGGUGAAAGAUGAUGAAAAUGCUGUAAAAGAGCAGAAUGUUACUGGUUUAAAGAGAACAAAGAACUUGCAAGAUAACAAGGAAGAUGUUGAAAAGAUGGAAAAAGAAAUGAACCAAAACAACACUAUUGCAAAAGAGGAAAAUAGUAUUCUUGAUAAUUGUCAAUAUCAUGUCAAAAGUGUCUCUUCUGAGAAGGAAGAAAGAAUAGGAGAAAAAAACAGUAUUGAUGCAUCUGUACAACCUGAUUUUGAUUUAGGAGCUGCUACUGAGAAGCUUGCUGUUUCUGUAGAUCAUUUUGAAAUUUGCUCCCAAGAUUCCAAUAAAGCAGGUCUUCCGUCUGAUGAUGAACAUUCCCUACCAGAUUUAACAGAUGUGAUUAAGGAAAUAAUAAGUGACCCUGAUGAGCCCAUGGAUGCAGAAGAAAAGAUGACCAUGAUUAAGUCUUUGGACAUGGAGAGCGAAGUACCAGAACUGUUAGGAGAUGUUAGACAGAAAAGGAAAACAGGACAGAAGAAUGAUUGCAAAGCAACUGAUGGCAGAAAUAAGGAGGGUAUGGUGGAUUUGUCUGUGAUAAAGAAAGAUUUUAUGGAGACUGGUAGUAACAGUAACACAUCAAUUCUUCAUAGUGAAGAUAAAGAGACUACUAGUCCCAGAAUUGGUAAAAAUCGAAGACUUAGAAGUGCUUCAGUUGAGUCUAGAUCUGACAGUGAUGCUGGAGGCAGUGAAAAGGUUCAGAAGUCGUCCCAACACAAAAGAAUGAAGUUAUGCAUAGAUAGUGAUGAAAAUUCUGAGGGGAAUGGAACCCUGAAUAGGAUAGGACAAGUGAUUAAGAAAAAUAAGGAAAUUGUGGAUGGUAACUGUAGUGGGGUAGAUAAAGAAGUUUCAGACAAAAAUGAUGGUGAUAAUGAAGAAUUAAGAGGGGAAGACAUUGAUAAGACUGAUAGACAAUCAGGAAGUGAAUGUGAUAUUGAAACUGGUAAGAAAAACAAUCUUAAAUUUUCUCAUGAACUAAAGGAUGGUGGUGAGAAGAAUGGAGAUAUAACGAGACAAGGGAAAGGCACUGACUUAACAAAAGUAACAGAUAAUGUUAAGAGUGAAGAAAUGGAAUCCAACUGUACAGAAAGUGAUAACACAGUUAAUGAUAAGGAAAACCUGCCAUUAGCAUUAGUAGAGAACAGUAAUAAGGAAAUGAUCAAAGAGAAUGUAAGUGAAAACCAUGUAAAUGUGAAGAACAAGGUUAAAGAAAAAAAUAGAGAUGUGGAUGAAAUAGAUGAAAGUAAUCAAGAAAAAGAUGGCAGGGAUGCUGAUGGAACAAGUAAUGGAAAUGACAGUGAAACUGAAAAGGCGCAAAUAGACGAAAUGUCUUCAGUGGAGAAAGUUGCAAAUAAAAAGAAAAAGAGAAUCAGUGAUGAAUGUAAUGCCAGUGCAGAUAAGAAAAAAAGAAAGAAGGCUAGUGUUGAUGGAAAAACAAAAGUAAGAAGUAAGAAAAGACAAACAUAUAAAAAUAAGAAAAGACAAGCUGAGGCAAGGGAAGAUGAGAUUCUUUUGGGGUUAGUGAGAGAAUCAGAAACAUCUGAGGAAGAAGAAAGUGAUGAAAUCCAGAGACAGUCAGAAGAUGAUGCAGAGGAAAGGAAAGAAAAACCCAAGAAAAUAAAAAAGAACCUUAAUCUUGAUUCUGAAAGUGCAGCAGAGAAAGAGAAAGAUAUGGUAAGUGUAGAUAGGAAGGUUAUUGAGAAAAAGAACAUGAAAGGCAGUGAUAGUGAACAUGAAGAAGAAAUGAAUAGUGACAAAUAUAAAACAGAGAAAGAUAUAACAGUGAAGAGAGAAACUGACAGUCCUAUAAAAAAAGAAGAGGAUCUGGAAUCAGAAAAGGAUAAAGAAUCUCUUCAGUGUGUGACAAAUGGCAUUGAUCUUGAUAAGGAAAAAGAUGACAGUGUGAAAUCUCCAUCAAAGAGUAAAGACAAGAGUACUCAUAAGAAAAGGAAAGGGCACUCAAUGAGUACAGAAAAUCAGAAAGCAAAAAAUGCAAUUUUGAAUAGUGACAGUGAGAAUGAGUUUGAGGACAAGCCUAAGCCCAGAAGCAAGAAGAAAUAUUACAGAAGACACAAGAACACCCAAAGUAGAGGACAUUCUCACAAGAAACUAACUCUUAAAAUGACAGAGAAAGACAUGGAAGAACUUAAAGAGAAACAGCUUGGCAGCAAAUGUCAGGUGCUUGUAGAGCAUCUUUCUUCCGAAGUAAGGAAGAAGCUGGAGGAUGUGGAGUUCAUAUAUACAUCUGACUAUCCUAAAUUGAAUUACCCCACCCUUCCAAGGCAGAUGUUUGACAGCGAUGGCUGCGAUGCUGAUGAGGAGGACUCUGAUAAGGAAUUUUCUAAACUUAUGAAAUUCAAGUGUGACAAUAUUAAACCAGGGCCUAAAAGCAAGUCUACAAAAAUGAAACUGAAAUUGAUGGAUGAUGAAGGAAGUGAAGUUAACGACAAUAAAGAUGGAAUUUCUGAUGAUGAAGCAAAAACCGAAGAAUUAGAUAAGAAGAAAAAGAAAGCUACUAGACAGAAAAAAGAAGGCUUGCUAGACAUAGACAUUGAUGAAACUGGUGAGGAAGACAAUGAAGAUGAUGAAGCAGAGGAGGGUCACAAGAAGAAAAAGAUGGAUGGUAGUAUAUCAUUAAAUGAGAAAAUGAAGAAACACAUUCUUAUGAGUAGUGAUGAGGAAGCAGAUGAAGAAGAGGAUGAAGAUCAAAAAGAUACUUCAGCAAGGGAAAAAGAGGAAGAAGAGACAGAACUAAAGAAACAUGAGAAGAGAAAAGAAGCAGCUAAAAAAAAGGGAAAAAAUGAAGACAGUGAUGAAGAGUAUGCUCCAAAGGUUCACAAGAAAGGUUACAUGAACUUAAAUUUAUCAACUGAUGAAGAAGAUAAUGAGAAUCAGGAAAAAGGAAAGGCAGAUGAUGAUGAGGAGGAUGAGGAGGAAGCUGAGGAUCCUGAACCAGAAAGUGCUUAUGAGGAUGAUAGUGACUUCGAGGAAUCACCCAGAAAAAGAAGAGCUUUCCAGAUAUCAUCCUCAGAUGAUAGUGACAGUGGCAAGAAGAAGGCAAAGAAAAAAGUUACAACAGAGGAGGAAAGUGAAGAAGAGGAGGAGAAACCUAAAGGCAAGAGGAAACGCAUUAGAAAAAUGUCAUCAUCAUCUGACGAGGAUGAUGAUGAUGAUGAUGAUGAGGAAGUAAAGGAGUCACCAAGCAAGCACAAGAAAAUAAGAAAAGUUAUCAGAGAUGAAGAUUUGAUGCAGACCACUAAGAAUGCUACGCAAGAAGAGGAAGACCGCCGCAAGCGUAUUACUGAACGACAAAAGCAUUAUAAUGAAAUAUUUAUGGUUGAUGUUGAGAAAGACCAAGAAGGAUUUGAUAAGCUGGUACUGGAUUUUGAUCCUGAAACAAAAGCAGAGCUGGUAUCAGUUCAUGAAAAAUUAGUCAAGUCACUAAAACCUCAUCAGUUUAAAGGUAUAAAGUUCAUGUGGGAUGCAACAGUAGAAAGCAUAGAGCAGCUGAAGACCAAACCAGGUAGUGGCUGCAUCCUGGCUCACAGCAUGGGUCUGGGCAAAACUCUUCAGGUGAUCACAUUCUGUCACACGCUACUUACCAACAAGAGUGUAUCUAAAGAGAUCCAGAGAAUUUUGGUGUGCUGUCCUGUCAACACUAUCUUCAAUUGGGUUGCAGAAUUCAGCGUAUGGUUAAAAGGGAAAAUGCUCCCUUUUGAUGUGAUCGAGUUGGCCUCUGCCAAGGAUCUCUGGGGCCGUGCAUACCGCCUGGAUGAUUGGUGGAGAGAAGGAGGUGUCUGCGUCAUGGGCUACAGCAUGUUCCGCAAUCUCUCCAAUGGCAAAAACAAACGCUAUAAGGGCAAGAUGAAAGAAAUCUUCCAAAAGACACUGGUUGAUCCAGGACCUGAUGUUGUGGUGUGUGAUGAAGGCCAUAUGUUGAAGAAUGAAAAGACUGCUUUGUCUGUUGCCAUCAACAAGAUAAGAACCAAACGUCGCAUUAUCCUCACUGGUACACCUCUUCAGAACAAUCUUAAGGAAUAUCACUGUAUGAUACAGUUCAUCAAACCAAAUUUAUUGGGAACCAAGAAGGAAUUCAUGAAUCGGUUUGCAAAUCCAAUUGAGCAAGGUCAGUGUGUGGAAGCUAUGCCAAGGGAUGUGAGAAGAAUGAAGAGGAGGGCUCACAUUCUGCAUAAUUUGCUGGAGGGAUGUGUACAGAGAAUGGAUUACACUGUUCUGAAGCCAUACCUGCCUCCCAAAUUUGAGUAUGUUAUAUCUGUACAGUUAUCAGAAAUUCAGUGUAAACUGUACCAGUACUAUCUGGAUAACCUGGCCCGAGGAGGCCCAAAGAGACAAGGCUCAGGACUCUUUGUGGACUUUGGGGCUUUAUCAAGGAUAUGGACUCACCCAAAGGUGCUAGAGCUGGCUAUGAGAAGAAUAGAGUAUGAUGAUGAUGAUGAAGAACUUGAUGACUUCAUCUGUGAUGACUCCACUACAUCAGAAUCUUCAGAUGAUGAGAGAUCCAGUAAGAAAAAAAAGUCAAAGAAGAAUAAUGAAGAAUCAGAAGAAGAGGAAGUUGUUGAAGAAGACGAAAAGCCAGAACCUGUUGCUGGAUUGACUGAGAGUGGCAAAGUGAAGAUUGACUGGUGGAAAAAAGUUCUUGAAGAUAAUGUUGGAGAGGAUUUUGAGGAGGAAGAAUAUCUGGACAAGCUAGAGCAUGGUGGGAAGAUUAUCCUUUUGCUGGACAUCCUUAGAGAGUGCUGCUCUAUUGGGGAUAAAGUAUUGGUUUUCAGUCAGUCACUCUUAACAUUGGACAUGAUAGAGGGGUUCCUACAGGCUAUUGACUCUGGGGAUAUAGAACUCCCAAAACCUGAAGACUCAUUACCUUUACCCUACAAACACUGGAAAAGGGAUCGAGAUUACUUGCGUCUUGAUGGCUCCACUGCUGCUGAUUCAAGAAAAACUUUGUGUAGAAUCUUCAACGAUACAUCCAAUGAACGGUGUCGCCUUUUCCUGAUUUCCACCAAGGCUGGAGGCUUGGGUAUCAACUUGGUGGGAGCGAACCGAGUAAUUAUUUUUGACUCGUCAUGGAAUCCCUCUCAUGACACUCAGUCCAUAUUCAGGGUAUACAGGUUUGGCCAGAAGAAGCCAAGCUAUAUUUACCGUUUUGUUGCACAGGGCACAAUGGAAGAGAAGAUAUAUUCACGUCAAGUAACCAAGAUGUCGACAGCUCUACGUGUGGUUGAUGAGCACCAGAUUAAAAGAUACUUCAAGAUGGAUGAAUUAGCACAGUUGUAUGAGUUUAAUCCAUCAGACAUGGAUGUCAGAGAGACCCCUAUUGUUCCAAAGGAUCGGUUACUGGCAGAACUGCUACAAAGGCAGAAAAACUGGAUAGUCAAGUAUCAUGAACAUGAGUCUCUUCUAGAAAACCAGACUAGUGAAGGGCUAAGUGAAGAGGAGCGAAAGGCAGCAUGGGAAGAUUAUGAAAAUGAAAAGAAGGGUUUUAUGGUGCAGAAUUAUCGAAACAGUGUGAUGCCAGUCACAGGAGCCCCAACCAUACUGAAUCACCCUGGUCUUCCUUCACUCUCCCUCUCUUCAUUCAGCUUAGAGGGUGUUGUAAACACCAUCAAAGUUCAGAAUCCCAACCUGAGUCCAAUGGAACUUUGUGAGAGUGUGUUGCUGGCCACCAAGCAGAUUCAAAAGGUGCACCUAAAUCACUACCAGCGAGUCCAAGCCAUGGUUUAUAAUCUUAAGAAUCCCAUGAUUGCCCCAGAGCAGAGGAAACUACUUCCAUUUGGUAAUCAUCCAGAAAUGCUUCCAAUGCUAGAACAGCAGUUGAGGUUACUUGAGGAAAAUAUUCAGCGAGAAAAUCAAGUAAUUACUCAUAUUGACCAAGGAACUGCACAACGGAAUCAGUUAUCAACAGCCAAUCUGCUGACAGCUGGUCUCCUCCGUGGACAACCGGCAAGCAGUGGCAUCAGUUCAGCAACUGCAAAUUAUGUAGAGCGGCCAUCUAGUUCAUCAGUUGGGAGAUCAACUAUAUCAAGUUCAGAAAAUUCUCAAGAAAAGAGAACUGGAUCAAAUGAUGUUAUCCUGCUUGACUGAGGCACUAGUCUGGGUGGCUGGUCUAUGCCAAGGAGUUUUGUAGCCCAAAGGAACCUCUCACUUUAAUAUGACAUUUUAUUUUCCAUGUAAAGUAUAUUGUAGUGGGAUUUUUUGUGUAUUUAUGGUGCAAAAGAAAUAGUAAAAUUUUCCAUCAAACGUUCUUUCAUAAAAUCUAGUUUUAAUCUGUGUUUAACUUAUUUAUAUGCUGUAAUCACCAAGGUAAUUUAGAGGAAAAUAUUUAUUUUCAUAUGUCUUGUGAUAAUGGUUCUAUAUUCAGCAGUACUGUACCUUGAAAUCUUGUCAUGAAAAAUUAAUAAAUAAAGGAAUGUGUUUCUUCACAAGUAAAAAAAAAAAGUAUAAAAAAUAUUUAAAGUUAAAAUCUUCAUCAAUUGAAGUAUUAAGUUAACGUAAUUCACAAAAUGAUUUUGUAUUUAUAUAAUUUAGUUUUUGACGUUUACUGAUGGAAAUCAGAAAAAAAAUUUAUUUUCAUAUCAUAGAUUGUAGGAAGAUUCUUGUACUCAAAGUUAGGUUUAUUUUCUUUUCUUUUAUAUUUGCUUUUAUUUUGUUGUUGAUUUUGGCUGAUUAUUUUGUCAGUUAUAGUUAAUAAAUAAUCUGACUAAGA